AUGAAUGCAGAAGAAAAUUCCGCCGUGUGUCUAUUCAUAUUGGAGUACGGACGAGGAAGAAGCUUAGCGAUGCGGAUUCCUUCACAAAGUGCAUCCAAGACGCUGCAAGGGAAACGCUCCCGGUUCUAUUGUCGCGGAAGAAGUUUGCCUUCGCAUCUGCAGAAACAAAAUCCACAUACAAUUCUUUAUGUGUCGCGCGCAGCGCUGGUGAUUUCAACCAGGAAAAGCGUCUUAGAAGGAAGCUGCUUCGUCAACUGCAACAAGACCGCGAUAACGAGUGGACGUCAAGAGCGAUGGAGUUUGAGAAACGGAGACAGGAACCCGCGGAAAGCCUAUGCUCUACUAAAACAGUAUAGCGGCAAAAUGAAAAGAUGUCCCUCUGUCCUGAACACUGCCAAUGGGGUAGCUGUCGGUGAAGCAACCCUUCCAAUUUGGAAGGAACACUUCAAGACCUUGCCUAACCGGCUAGCACCGUCAGCCCCUGAACUCGGACACGUUCAUAGACCGACAUACGCGGUUAACGAGGAGCCACCGACCGUGUCGGAGGUCCUGGUCUGUAUUCAAAAAAUGAAGAAUGGAAAAUCUGGCGGAGACAACAGGAUUAGCGCAGAAAUGCUAAAAUAUCUUCCGCCGUCUGGGAUUCGUGAGAUGACAAAGAUCAUUCGUUCAAUAUGGAUAGACGAAAGGAUACCUGAUUCGUGGAGACACGCUAUUAUAAUUCCCCUCCACAAGAAGUUAUCCGUCACGGACCCCAGGAAUUAUCGAGGAAUCUCUUUGCUGCGUGUUAUGUACAAGGUAUUGGAGCGCAUUAUUCUGGACCGACUCAUUAAACAUCGCGAAGAAACAACGCGCGACGAGCAAUCUGGCUUUCGUCCUGGCCGAUCUACGAUUGACCAGGUGUUCAUCGCCGUGAUCGAAAUCUGGCAGUGGUAUUCGAAGCCAAUGCAACUAGCGUUUCUGGACUUUGAAGCCGCGUUCGACUCUCCUCACCUAGGCCAUCUUCUCAACGCGCUGAGCGCCGAUGGAGUACCAGGAAAGUUUGUUCGCUUGUUUGAUGACAUGAAUCAACGAACAACUGCUGCAGUUCGAACAUCAGCCGGAUGUACAACACCGUUUGAAGUGGUAACUGGAGUAAGACAAGGGGCAGUGGCAGGACCUUUCCUGUUCAAUUUCGCAAUCGACGACAUUAUGCGAAGAACAGUCGACCAGUGUCCUGCCGACAUUGUCUUAGCACCAUCUGGGUGCCCCUUGACUGACCUCGAGUACGCCGACGAUGUUGUUAUAUUCGCGGAAAGCAGUACGAAACUUCAACAUAUUGUCAACCUUGUAUCGAAGCUGGCUGCAGGCUGCUGGCUAUGGACUACGCCUACGCCCUGA